CCCAGCAGCCUCCCUCCCUCUCGCUCUCUCUUUCUCUCUCCACCAGCAAGGAGACUGGUUCGGCUCUCACAUCUGCUUCUGUUCUGGAAUUUCCUGCAAGGGAUGGUCUUCCCUCUGGUAGUGAUGCUGCUGCAUUUGCACAGUGGCUUCGGCGGCCUCCCCUUCUACAAUGGCUUCUACUAUGACCGGGUCAUGAAUGACAAAGGAGAUGGCAAUGGCAAUGGAGAAGCUCCAUUUAAUGGCGUAAAACUGGUGGUGGAGACUUCCCCCGACACCGUUUUCGCCCACCGUGGGGCUAACGUCACCCUGCCCUGCCACUACCACUUCGCGCCCCAGCUGGACGCCCCGCACAAGAUCCGCGUCAAGUGGUCCAAGCUGCGGCAGGACAGCACCAAAGACCGCGACGUGCUGGCCGCCGCUGGGCCGAGGCAGCGCAGCUUUGGGGAGUUCCGGGGGCGCGCGCAGCUGCAGCAGGCGUCCCCCCACGAAGUGUCUCUGGUGCUCGACGACUUGCGCUUGCAGGACGCCGGCAAGUACCGCUGCGAGGUCAUCGACGGGCUGGAAGACGAGAGCGGGAUUGUGGAUCUCGAGCUCCAAGGGUUGGUCUUUCCUUACCAGCCUCGCCGCGGGCGUUAUGUGCUCAACUUCCAUGAGGCCAAGAAGACCUGUGAGGAACAGGAUGCAGUGAUGGCCUCCUUCGACCAGCUCUUUAAGUCCUGGAUGGAGGGCCUCGACUGGUGUAACGCAGGCUGGCUGAUAGACGGCACAGUCCAGUACCCCAUCACUCUGCCCCGGGAGCCCUGUGGCGGGAAGGACAUGGCCCCCGGCAUCCGGAACUAUGGAGAGCGUCACAAGAACCUCCAUCACUUUGAUGUCUUCUGUUUCUCAUCUGCUCUGAAAGGGACCGUUUACUAUCUGGCUCGCCAUGAGAAGUUCACUUUAGAAAAGGCCAAGCAGGCAUGCCAGGACGACCGGGCUGAAAUUGCCAAGGUGGGCCAGCUUUAUUCGGCGUGGAAGUUUUUGGGCUUGGACCGUUGCGAUGCCGGCUGGUUGGCUGAUGGGAGUGUGCGCUACCCCAUAAUUUCUCCCCGGCCCAACUGCGGCCCACCAGAACCAGGCAUCAGAAGUUUUGGCUUCCCCAAAGUGGGGAAAUUUGGAGUCUACUGUUACAAGAUGAGCUAAAAGCAGGCUGGAAGCAGGCUAGGGAAAUUCCCUGCCCUAACGGACAUAUCUUUCUUUUGCCACCUAGAGUUUAUUAUUUAAAGGCCAGUCUCUGGGGGCAGUUUGAAUUGUCUGUUUGGUUUUUGUGUCUUUUUGUUUUUUGGGGGUUUGUUUUUACAUUUUUGUAAUGAAAGGGAAAAUACUGCACAAUCCCGUGAUGCAGCAUUCGAGUUGCCUUGGUGCUUUCUACAAUCUUCUGGCUUCAUUGCCCAUCUAACUGAGUAGUAGAGAAAACCUGAAAUUAGUGUAUGUGCGGGGAGGACUUUGGUCUGGUCAUGUGGCUAUUACGCCUUCUGGAAUGGAAUUGUGCUGACAUCUGAGAUUGGACCGCCAUUUGGUAUACAGUUAGGUAGGUGCCGCCGUCAUCUUCUCUCACCAAAGGACUUCCCGGUUCCGGUGUGAUGUUCCC